AUAUAGUAUAUUUCUGUAGCCCAGUGAUGUGGGUCGCCUCCAUUGUUGAGAAUACGACCCCAGAGUGGAUCUGACGCAAAACCCAGUUGGAUUUUCUUGCUUACAAUCCUCAGAUCUCUUCUACAAAUCGAAUCUGUCAAUUUUCCAAGUACAAAUCGAAUCUGUCAAUUUUCCAAGUUAAUCCAACAGUAGUUGUUGUUGGAUGAUAAAGGAGGGAGUCUAACUGAAACAUUUAGCAGAAAUGGGGUCCAAGAAGAAACUAAAUUCGCAGAAAAGUUUUCGUUCUGCUUCUCCAGUUAAAGAAAUGUCAAUUUCAGAUCUUCGUGCGAAGCAUCAAAAGGAUUUAGAAAAUUUGAAUCUGUUGACACAGCCUUUCAGAACGCUCAAGCUUUUCAGUAUGGCGAUGAUGCAGUAUUUCAGGAAGUCGAUAGCAUAUCUUUUGUCGCAUCGAUGGUGUAUGCUUUUCAGUACCAUUGCUGUGCUUGCCUUGAUAGUGCUUGUGACAACCGAUGGUCCUCAUGUAAAGCAUGUUGAGGAGGUUCUUCGAUAUCUUAGGUUUGGACUAUGGUGGGUGGCUCUUGGUGUUGCAUCUUCUAUUGGCCUUGGGUCUGGUUUGCACACUUUUGUCCUCUAUCUGGGCCCUCAUAUCGCUUUAUUUACGAUAAAAGCAAUGAAGUGUGGGCGAGUUGACCUCAAAAUGGCUCCCUAUGAUACAAUACAAUUCCAAAGAACUCCUCUAUGGCUUCGCAAAGAUUGUUCAGAGUUUGGGCCCCCUGUAUUUUCAUCUUCACAUGGCACUAGUGUCCCACUUAGUAGCAUAUUGCCCCAAGUGCAGUUAGAGGCUAUUUUGUGGGGCCUUGGAACCGCACUUGGGGAGCUUCCCCCAUAUUUUAUUUCACGAGCAGCAAGCCUCUCGGGUAGUAGAGUGGACGCAAUGANCCCCCAGAAAAUAAAGUUGAUUCUUUUACAUAAAUAUGUUCCAAAUCCUCUAUUUGAUCUUGCUGGCAUAAUGUGUGGACAAUUUGGGAUCCCAUUUUGGGAGUUCUUUUUUGCAACUUUGAUUGGAAAGGCUCUCAUUAAAACUCACAUACAGACUCUGUUUAUAAUUUCUGUUUGCAACAAUCAACUUCUUGAUUGGGUGGAAACCGAGUUGAUUCGGAUGCUUAGUUUUAUACCUGGUUUUGAAACCAUGUUACCGAACAUCAUUGCCAAGCUCCACUCCAUGAAAGACAAGUAUAUGGCCACCAAAACACCUGUAACUUCAAAUAUAAAGGUGAACAAAUGGGAUUUCUCAUUUGCUACUGUUUGGAAUGGCGUGGUUACGAUCAUGCUACUGAACUUUUUCGUUAAGAUUGUAAAUGCUACUGCACAGAGAUACUUGAAGAAACAGCAAGAAAAGGAAUUCACUGGUCUGAAGAACAAAUCAUCCUGAGGGCAGCCAGAUAACCCUCUUCAUUCAUUAAAAUGGAUUCAUAGAUUUGCUCUUCUUUCCAGCUUCUUCGUCGUUUGUCUUGUGGUCAGAAAUAGAGUGAACGAAACGAUUGGUAGCUUUGGUGAUCACAACGGAAGGCUACUUGGAGACUCGGCACCAGCAAGUCCAUUUCAGAAACUUUGUAUAAAACAAGAGUAGCCUCACAUGUUCAUUGGCUAUGUAACUUGAAGAGAAACAUUAUUUUUAGGGGUGCCAAUGAAGUGCCAUUUGUUGACAAAAUUGGAGAUGGGAAAGUUGGAAACUCAUUAUUGAGCAGAUGCUCAUACCUUUAGAAAGUGAAGAUACCUUUUUCUGCAUUUAUAAACAAGAAUGUGUUUUAAGUAUAGCAAUUAACAAUGCUUUGCCCUAGCCUCAUUUCCUUCCCUCACUCAAAAUUUAUCGAUCAUCCAAUGAAUAUAUCUUGAUUAUAACAAGUGCUUGGUAUGGAGAAAAGAUGUUUUGUGCUGAUUA